AUGAGUACAUUCUUUGACGAAAUGAAAGCAUCUUUUCAAGAUGUUCCGAUCGAUAACGAUAACAAGAUCGCUACAUCCGAGUUCCUAGACGCGUCAGAAUCGCUCGUCAAGCUGUUUGACUUGCUGGGUAACUCUGCAUUCACAUUAGUGCAGAGCGAUCUCUCGGGGAAUAUAAACAAGCUACGCAAGAGACUGUUGGCCGCUCCAACGGAAUCAGCCACAUUGCAAGACCUGGUCAUAAACGAACGUGCCUCAGGCCAUAAAUCCGCCUCUGAGGGACUGUUGUGGUUGACCAGAGGCUUGCAGUUCACAGCGCAGGCGCUGAGAGAGACCGUGGACAACCCAGACUUGGAAUUGACCAAGACUUUCACGGACGCUUAUGGCAAGACUUUGGUUAAAUACCACAACUUUGUUAUUAAAUCUGCGUUCAAGCUUGCUAUGAAGGCUUGCCCAUACAGAAAGGAUUUUUUUGCCAAACUAGGUGCUGAUCAAGAAAAGGUUAACGCUCAAUUGAAAGCUUGGUUGGAAUCGCUAGAGAAUGUUGUCGCCGUUUUGCUCGAAUUUUUGCCUCUUGGAUGCAAAGGUCUUUGA